UUCGGCCGUAACACAGACACGUGUACACAGGGAAGCAGGAAGUGAAGCUGUUCAGUUGGUGUCUGUAAACAAACAGCACCAUGAUUGCAGGCGUCAGUCCUGUGCUUCAGGCCCUGCUGGGGACCCUGUUCACCUGGGGCCUCACCGCAGCUGGAGCUGCUCUCGUCUUCGUCUUCUCCAGCAGACAGAAGCGCGUCUUGGAUGGCAGUCUGGGAUUUGCUGCAGGGGUCAUGCUGGCGGCCUCCUAUUGGUCUCUGCUGGCUCCUGCUAUCGAGAUGGCCGAGGAGUCUGGGAAAUAUGGCGACUUUGCCUUCUUCCCUGUCGCUGUGGGUUUUGCGCUCGGGGCUCUGUUCGUUUAUAUCGCAGACCUGAUGAUGCCCGUUCUGGGUGUUGGGAUGGACCCUCAUGUGGCUCUGGCGCUGCCGUCUGAUGCCAAACUGACCAAAGAGAAGAAGAAGAGCUCGAUGGAGGAGGAGGAGGAGCUGUCUAUCAGGAUAGGUAGAGCAGGAGUUCACUCAGAUAAAAUCGAGAAUGGAGAGGUGUACCAGAGACGCAGGGGUCCCAACAGCGGCCACACGGAGGAGCAGGACGUGAGUCCUAAAGCACAGGAAGUCAGCGCUCAAACAGGAAGCAGCUGGAGGCGAGUCGUUCUGCUGAUCCUGGCCAUUACUAUACACAACAUUCCCGAGGGUUUAGCUGUUGGCGUGGGCUUUGGAGCGGUCGGUAAAACUCCCUCGGCUACGUUUGAAAGCGCCAGAAACCUGGCUAUUGGCAUUGGCAUUCAGAACUUUCCAGAAGGCCUUGCUGUGAGUCUCCCGUUGCGAGGUUCUGGGGUGUCCACAUGGCGAUCCUUUUGGUACGGGCAGCUGAGUGGGAUGGUGGAGCCUCUGGCGGGGUUGCUAGGGGCCGUUGCCGUGGUGCUGGCGGAGCCGUUGCUACCGUACGCUCUGGCCGUCGCUGCAGGAGCCAUGGUGUAUGUGGUGGUGGAUGACAUCAUUCCUGAAGCCCAAGUCAGCGGGAAUGGAAAACUGGCCUCAUGGGCGUCCAUUCUGGGCUUCAUCGUGAUGAUGUCACUGGACGUGGGGCUUGGCUGAGCCUUUUCAUUGGACGAAUCUUCGAAUGUCAGCUGAUUGCACUGAAAAAAGUGACCAAAGCAGCCUUUCUUCUCGGUGUAUAGGUUUAUUGAUCAAUGGAAUAUUUUUCUACUUAAUGUAUUUUAUGUCUUUUUUUUUUGUUAUUUUAUUUGUUUUAUAUGGAAGCCUGU